CGAGAGCUUCAGUGAAGGUUCAGUCAGGAAACUCUCUGCUUCUUCUUCACUCACUGAGUCUUUGGGUCAAUUCCCUGACAGUUUCCAUCACAGUUUGAGAGAAGAACUCGUGUUAAAUGUGCAGUGACUUUCCCACACGUGUGAACAUUGGUCCGGUGUGUUUCUAUCGGUCGCUCAGUCUGAGGUGUGACUCCAGUCCAGACGGGUUCUGCAGACGGAGGACGUGGACGAGGACGUGGACGAGGACGUGGAGAUGGAGGCUCCGGUGUUGUUCUGUGAGGAGGACCUGCUCUGUCCCCAGUGCGGUGGCGUUUACAGUUACCCCGUCCUCCUCAAGUGUGGCCACAACGUCUGCCGUGUUUGUCUGCACAAGUUCUGGGAGCUGAAAGGAUCUCGGGAAUGUCCGGUGUGUGGAGCUCUGUCGGCGCCGGGGAGGCCGCCCAUAAACCUGCAGCUCAAAAUAGCAGCAGAACAACACCAGACACAGAAGGACGCUCCGGGGGCUGAACCGCAACCCCAACAGAGCUCUGCAGUGUCUGCUGGACCCAAACCAAACCCUGAAGGGAGCGCCGCAUCAGCACAGACUCCUGAGGUGGUCCCUGAGGUGGUCCCUGAGGUGGUCCCUGAGGUGGUCCCUGAGGUGGUCCCUGAGGUGGCCCUGUGCUCGAGGCACCAGCAGAAGCUCCAGAUCUUCUGUGAAAAUGACCUGGAGCUGCUCUGCCUCGUGUGUCAAACCUCCAAAAACCACAAAAUCCACCAGUGCUGCCCCCUGGAGGAGGCGGCCGAGCAGAAGAAG